AUUAUUAUUCCUCUUUUCGAAUCAUUUCUCACAACUGAAAACCAAUCGUUCCCUCCCAUCACAGAAAUCAAAAGCUCUCAACGUUCGAUUCCAUGGCCGCAAGAACAGUUACCAAAGACAUUAUCACCCUUCGUGGUUCCGCAUCAAUCGUCAGCGAGUUCUUCGGAUAUGCAGCCAACAGCAUCCUUUACAACCGUGGAGUUUAUCCAGAAGAGAGCUUUGUGAAGGUGAAGAAAUAUGGCCUCCCCAUGUUGCUUACUGAAGAUGAGGGUGUCAAGUCUUUUAUCUCCAAUCUAACUGCUCAACUCUCUGAAUGGCUUGAAUCUGGCAAGUUACAGAGGGUUGUCCUUGUUAUAAUGAGCAAGGCCACAGGUGAAGUCCUUGAAAGGUGGAACUUUAGCAUUGAGACUGAUAGUGAGGUUGUUGAGAAGAGUGUGUCGAGGGAAAAGAGUGACAAGGAAAUCAUGAGAGAGAUACAAGCGAUUAUGAGGCAGAUUGCUUCAAGUAUCACCUAUUUGCCAUGCCUGGAUGAAUCUUGUGUUUUUGAUGUGUUAGCAUACACUGAUACAGAUGUGGCAGUUCCAUUCACUUGGAUUGAGAGUGAUCCAAAACUGAUUGAAAAUCCGCAAAUGGUGAAAUUGCAUUCCUUCGAUACUAAGAUUCACAAGGUUGACACACUUGUAUCAUACAAGAAUGACGAAUGGGACGAGCAGUAGAACCCGUUUGUGUUUUUUCUUGUUUGUUUGUUUGUUUGUUUUGCUUGUGUUUUUUCUUCAGGUCUCAAGUGAAUGUUAUUUUGUUAAGUGUCAGUUGUGAAUUUUCUAUUCACAUUAUUAGAUAUGUCUGCUUUAUCAGGUUGUCAAUACCAUUAAACUUCGCCUCUGUCUGUAUGUUUGAAUUGAGCAGAAAGAAUAUCCCCAUGCAAAGGGGAUCUAGAAAUUUCCUGCUCUUGAGGAUUCUUGUUGCAUUUCAGAUUUAUGAAAUAUUGAAUCCCUAGUAUAGUGAUGAUCACUGAUCAUAAAAAGUAAUAUUAAACCUUGCUUUUGUACA